AUGUGCCAGAUUGUUUGUCCUGUGGCUCUCUUAAUUGAAUUGUCCUUAUCUGUUCGCCACGAAGGCACGCACCACUUUAUCUUUGGACUCCAAGUCAAGGGUUCGACCCAAUCUGCUCUUGACGGACUAUCAUAUUGGCAACUGGAUGAACUUCUUAAUUGGCUUAAGUUCUACGUCAACAAGUAUCCAUGCAUCGGCUUUGUGAUUGGACCUUAUUAUGAAACAAAUGGCGACCCCACUAUUCAUCUGAAGAGCCUAGAAAGAACAUGGAUUGAGAUGCGUCUACAAAGAAACAAUUUAAUGAAAAUAUUUCCACCCUGCAAUCAGUUCUACGAAGAUGAUAAGUCUAUCUACUGGUGUCCUCCGUCUGUCAGUGCAAAUGGUGAGACGAUUCUUCGACCUCGCCAGCUCUUGGAGCCAGGCAAGGUUCUUGCUCGAUGUGCAUGUGUCCAACCCGAACUUCUUAGUCACCCUCGAUUACAAACCUACCUAAAUUGUCCCCCAGAGGCGACUCGCUGUGUAUACACAGCUGACAAUCAAGAACAUACCAGCUGGAGCCACUUAGGCCUGCUAAUUAACUUUGGCUAA